GGCCCCUGUCCAUGCAGCAGUUAGAAAGCCGUACCACCAGAUAUUGUUGGUCUUCCUGAGAGCAGCAGCACAGAUUGCAGGCUGGUUAACGGCAGCUUGACAACCAAAGAUGUCGUUGGGCUUCGGUGUGAGAGUGCUUGUUCUCUCCCUUUUGGCUUUUGGGCACAAUGCGAAUGCACUGCGUGACAAAAGUGGAGGCAUCCGUGGAAGUGGGCAAGUAGAUGGUUACAGUCGAGAUGGAAGUGUUUCUAGUUAUGUGCCUCGCUCACCGAUCCUUAGGAAAUCUCCAAAGAACUCUCCGCAGCCACCUCAAACUAACACUAAUGCAAAUGACAUCUUCUGGACCCAAGCUGAGAACUGGGUCCCUCCACAAAGUGGAGAAAGCAUUGAGUCUGGUAUUGCCUCAAGUAGUGCAAUUAUUAUGCAAUCUGGUCCUCCGCCCUCUAAUCCCCAGCAGCCCGACGACCAGCCAUCUACUUUUGAUACGACCUACCAGCCGAACCAGCCCAGCCCCCACAAACCAACCACUUUCACUUCAGGUUACCAGCAGAAUCGUCUAAGGCCCCAGCAACUACCUACUUUAUAUCCAACCUACCAGCCCAGGCCCCGGGAGCCAACCACUUUUAGACCAGGCUACAAGCAGAACCUUGCGAUGCCCCAGCAACUGCCCUCUUUCCUUCCAACCUACCAGCCGAGGCUCCAGGAACCGACCAGUCUCGAUCAGGUCUACCAGCAGAGGGCUCCCAGGCCCCAGAAGCCACCCACUUUAAGUAAGGGCUAUGAGCAGAAUUUGCUGAGGCCCCAGCAGCAGCCUACUUUCAAUAAGGGUCACCGGCUCACGCCUCCUGGGCCCCAGGAGCUGCCCACUUUUAGAUCGGGCUGCCAGCCGAAGCCCUCAAGGCCCCAGCAGCCGCCCACUUUCGAUGAUGGUUACCAGCAAAGGCCCCAGCAGCUGCCCCCGAGGCCCCAGCAGCCCACUUUCGAUGAUGGUUACCGGCCGAGGCCCCAGCAGCCCACUUUCGAUGAUGGUUACCGGCCGAGGCCCCAGCAGCCCACUUUCGAUGAUGGUUACCGGCCGAGGCCCCAGCAGCCCACUUUCAAUGACGGUUACCGGCCGAGGCCCCAGCAGCCCCAACACCCCACUUUCGAUGAUGGUUACCGACCGAGGCCCCAGCAGCCCACUUUCGAUGAUGGUUACCGGCCGAGGCCCCAGCAGCCGCCCCAGAGGCCCCAGCAGCCCACUUUCGAUGACGGUUACCGGCCGAGGCCCCAGCAGCCGCCCCAGCAGCCGCCCCAGAGGCCCCAGCAGCCCACUUUCGAUGAUGGUUACCGGCCGAGGCCCCAGCAGCCGCCCCAGAGGCCCCAGCAGCCGCCCCAGAGGCCCCAGCAGCCGCCCCAGAGGCCCCAGCAGCCCACUUUCGAUGAUGGUUACCGGCCGAGGCCCCAGCAGCCGCCCCAGAGGCCCCAGCAGCCGCCCCAGAGGCCCCAGCAGCCCACUUUCGAUGAUGGUUACCGGCCGAGGCCCCAGCAGCCGCCCCCGAGGCCCCAGCAGCCGCCCUCCUUCAAGCGUGUCUCCCAACCACAGAAGCCCAAGCACCAGAAAGGAGUUAUUCAAACCAAAGCUGGCAUGUGGGACUUGUUUUCUGAUUCUUUAGUCCAGCCUGCCAAAUUGAAUGUUGAUCCAAGAAGGCCAAUUUCAACGGCAUUGCUGGACCAUCCAAGGUGGUAGCCUCCACUGGUGCCUUUUGUAAAAUGGAAAACAUUGACCUUAUGGUUCCUGGUUAUUUUCUCAAAGUAGUUUGUCCUGGCAUCUUUCUAAAAUUCAAUAAAGUACUACCGCACAGUC